AUGGCCCUGCCCGAAACACAAGAGGGAGAGGCGAAGGCUCGCUGGCACCCGGGGACACCCCGCCGGCGGGAGGGGAGGCGCCGCGCCCGCUUCCUGCCUCAGAGCGGGCUGGGCAGGAAGAGAUUAUCUAGAAGGAGGAAUAGCAGUCUCAAACUGGUACCCGCCACGCGAUAUUCUCAACGACUCCGAAAUAAAGAAAACCUGGAGCUAGUCAGGGCUGAGGCCAAAGAAGUCUCUCCGCCUCGACGUGUGACAAGAUCCCAGACUGCAACAUCUGCUAGAAGCUCCGAGGUCUGUCCUGAGACCCCUCCUGUCCAGCAAGUAGAAGGGAAGGUUCCCUUAGCAGAAGCUGAUGUCAGUGAUCACGUUAGCGCUGAGAUGCACCUCCAGAAGAGUGCAUCUAAACCAUCAGAGAAGCUCUUCGCGACCAUCCUCUUGAGCUCAGAUGAUGGUUCUCCCAAGGAAAGCAGGGUUGCCAAAUUGCCGCCUGUGCCUGCAGCCUCUGAGCUGAUGGUCCCUUGCACCCCCGAGGCAGACGAUGCAGGAGAAAGCGAGGCUGCGUCUAAGCCGAAAACAGGAAAGGCAGCUAAUACUACAGUCAUUUUAAGUGAAGAGCCUAGGCUGGAGGAGGUAGAUGACUCUGCUCAGGUGCAAGAGGGGUCUGAUAAGGAGCCUUCCCAGCGCAUAAGGGAUAGCCCAGGGACUCCGACAGGCUGUAGGCUGAGCCGUCGCUCAGUGCGCAGGAGUCUGAUGGGUAAAACGUCCAUGACUCGCAGAACCUCCUUGGCAGAGAAAUACUCACUAGCCAGCAAGAGGGAAAGUAUGAUCAGGAAAUCUAUCACCAGGACAACGGUCAAGAGGAAGGCAGCUCGAAAGUCAUCUGUGUCCUCCAGUUGCAUGGAUGUCUCCAGCUCUGGAGAGGUGCCAGAGGAUGAAGAAACAGUUCUCAAAACUGGGCCUCCUCCUGGACCUUGUACCCCCUCCAAGUUGAAUCCCCAAAGUCCACAAAUGUCACUUCGCUCUCGAACCGUCAGCAGAAAUGAAGAGCCGCAGGAGACAAGCAACAACGAAAACAACUUAAAUAAGAACGGGGAGACCCAGGAGCCACCCCAGAGUGCCAGGAGAAAGCCAAGUUACAAAAGAGCUGUGGAUGAACGCUAUGACAACCAGCAAGCAGAAGAUGGAGGGCUUUCUCCUCCGAGAAGAAAGACCCCAUCCCCUACCUUUCCAGCCAGCAAAGUUGUACGUCCUUUCAAAACAUUUUUGCACACUGUGCAGAAGAACCAGCUCCUCAUGACGCCAAGCUCUGUGGGGAGAAAUGGAGUAAUAAAAUCUUUUAUCAGGUACAACACUCCUCUCCAAUCUGAUCCCAAGGAAAAGGAGAGACAGAAGCUAGAGACUCUGAGGAAAAAGCAAGAAGCCGAGCAGCUGAGAAAACAAAAACUGGAGGAAGAAAAGAAACGGCGACUAGAAGAGGCAAAGCUGAAGCGUGAGGAGCGUCUGCGCAAAGUCUUGCAAGCUCGGGAACGGGCAGAGCAAAUAGAGGAAGAGAGGAAAAGGCGCAUUGAGCAGAAGAUAGCUCUGUUUGAUGAGAAGACUGAGAAGGUGCGGGAAGAAAGGUUGGCAGAAGAGAAGAUCAAAAAGAAGGCAGCUGCCAAGAAAAUGGAAGAAGCAGAGGCCCGGCGCAGGCAUGAUGAAGAGGCCAGAAAACAAAAAGCACUGCAGCAGGAGGAGGAGGAACGUCGGCACAAAGAGCUAAUGCAGAAGAGGAAGGAAGAGGAGCAGGAACGUGCCAGGAAGAUUGCUGAGCAGAGACAGGCAGAACAGGAGAGAGAGAAACAGCUGGCUGCAGAGAGAGAGCUGGAGAGGAAGAAGGAACAGGAGAGAAUCCAGGCAGAAAAGCUACGUGAACAGCAGGAGAAGGCUGCUCGCCUGCAGAAGGAAGUGUUGGCUGCUAAAGAACAGCUCCGCAAGGAGAUGGAGAAGAAAGAAAAGCAGGAGCAGAGGCUAGCAGAGAUGAAGAGGCAGGAGCAAGAACAGAAGAAACUGCCAGAGGAACAAAAGGCUAAAGAUAUAGCCCAAACACAGCACCUAGAAAACAAAGAGAAUUCACCUGCCUGCAAUUCAUACCAGAUGACUCCACAGGCUCACAAAGAGCCAAAGCCCCCCAUGAUAAAUCCAAACAACUAUGGACUGGAUCUGAACAGCGAUGACUCUACUGAUGAUGAAAGCCAGCCUCGCAAGCCCGGACCUGCCUGGGCCACUGGGAGUCAGCUUAGCCAAGCUGUAGUCCACCAGUACUACAACCCUCCCAAUGUCGACGCGCUCUUUGGGGUGAUCGCAAGCCCCAAGCUGGAGGACAUCUUUUACAAAAGUAAACCGCGCUACUUCAAGCGCACAAGCUCUGCUGUGUGGAGUUCCCCGCCGUUUCCAGGUGCCAAAUCGGUUCUAGGUCUGCCAUACAGCCUGAAAAAGUACUGA